UGUAUGUGUAUGAGGUUGUUUACAGGCGUUACAGGUGAUUUUCUGGCCAUCGUAUUCAUAGCUGUACCGUUUGAGAAAAACGUAUAUGACAUUAAUCGAAAGAUCGUGUAAAUCUUAAUUUUACGAUUGGGUUUCGAAAAUGAGGAUCGCUGUGGAGGGUUGCGCUCAUGGCGAACUGGACAUUAUUUACGAGACUAUACAGGAAAUCGAAAAAAUCGAUGGGAGGAAGAUAGAUCUGCUUAUUUGCUGCGGCGAUUUUCAAGCUACCAGAAAUUUAAGUGAUCUAAAAUGUAUGGCAAUAUCGGACAAGUACAAGGAUAUGUGUACAUUUUACAAAUAUUAUUCUGGUGAGAAGAAAGCUCCUAUAUUAACCAUUUUUAUCGGAGGCAAUCAUGAAGCAUCAAAUUAUCUGCAGGAAUUGCCAUAUGGCGGAUGGGUCGCACCUAAUAUUUAUUAUCUUGGAUACGCAGGUGUAAUACAAGUAGCUGGAAUCAGAAUUGCAGGACUUUCAGGUAUAUACAAGAGUCGACAUUGGAUGCAGGGACGUUAUGAGAAACCUCCCUAUACUGAUAGUACUAUACGAAGUGUUUAUCAUAUCAGGAAUCUAGAAGUGUUUAGACUAAAACAGCUUUCUGGCAAAAUUGAUAUUUUUUUAUCACAUGAUUGGCCGGCAGGAGUAACAAAAUAUGGAGAUGAAGAUAUAUUACUAAAACGAAAACCAUUUUUUAAGGAUGAUAUAGAAAGCAAUACGCUUGGCAGUCCUCCAUGUAUGGAACUGCUAGAACGUCUUUAUCCGUCCUACUGGUUCUCCGCGCAUUUGCAUUGCAAAUUCGCAGCACUUGUUCCCGAGAAGGGAGGAGCACGAGUGACAAAGUUUUUAGCGCUGGACAAAUGUCUGCCGAAACGGAAAUUCCUUCAAGUGCUGGAGGUGCGUUCGCAGGAAGACGGUCCGAUACAAUUGAACUACGAUCUAGAAUGGUUGACGAUACUUUAUUUGACAAAUCAUCUGUUGAGUAUCAAGAGCAAUAUCCAUUAUAUGCCCGGUCAGUACGGUGGCAGCAGAUGGACGUACACACCUACGGCAAAGGAGAAACAGACCGUGUAUGAAAAGUUUGGCUCCAAUCUGCAAAUUCCACUCAACUUCACUCAAACUGUCAAACCAUAUGACCCGUGUGACAUGAAUACUCAAAUCGAAUGGCCACGAUUGCUGAUAAACGAUCAGACUACCCGAUUCUGCGGAAUGUUAGGUAUCGAUGAUCCUUCUGCUCUACUACAGAUUAUCACAAACACUACGAUGGAUAACAGUAGAUCAAGUGAAUUGUCGAUGGAGACAUCCAGCGAGUACACGCCAGAAUCCAUGGAUAUCUCAUUCGACGAGGAAAGCGUAUUCAGUUCCACCUUCGAGGAGAAUUCAACACACAAGUAUUUCGUCGACAACUCACCGACGAACUUUUCUUCUAAGAGUGAUGGCGAUGAUUCGGAUAACGGAGAUACGAGUAAAAGCACCUUGGAUGGAACAGCUAAUAGCUCGAACACAGAAACCACCACAGAAAUUGCAGAUUCCACUUCGAUGGACGACAGUAAUGAACAAACUGGUUGUGUCCAAACCGAGCCGAACUGCAAAAAGUUUAAACGCCGGAAUUAUUCUGUAUACUCUACCAGAUUGAACUCACCUUUCAUUUGCUCCUGGCCAAUAUUCUGGCUUCAUAUGGCAGAAAUCGACAACAAGGAGAAAUACUCCUUUUUGCUGCCGACUAACAUCGCUGGAGCGCGAAAAAUGGACAAGUUAACUAUCAUCUCGGUGAUACUCUUCUUUCUCGCGGAUAUCUCCGCCAUAAUCAGCAUCUCCAUGCCGGACUGGAUCAUUACUGACGUCGGCGGCGACACAAGAUUAGGUCUCAUGUGGUCAUGUAUGACUUUGUACAACAGACCGCAGGUCUGUUUUAAAUCGCAGCUGGAGUCAGAAUGGAUGAUGGCACUAGUCUGCAUAUUUAUUGGUUGCAUUCUAAUCACAGCAACCGUAAUAUUAUUGAUACUUUCGCAUUGGGACCGUACCGUCAUUCCAUUUGCACGCUGGGUAGGAUUCAGUGCCAUGAUACUGUUUUGUAACGCAGCAGUUAUAUUUCCAAUGGGAUUUCAUAUUAAUGAGAUUGGCGGGCAACCAUAUCAGUUGCCUAAUUCACAUCAAGUUGGGAUUGCUUACAUCUUGUUCGUUUUGGCACUAUGGAUCACAGUAAUCUCUGAGCUUUUUGCAGGCAAAGUUUGUCUACCACAUUUUUAGCAUUGUUCCAUAGCAGAAAUACUUGUUAAUUAUCUUCUACUGACAUUUACACUAAUAUUAUUCAGUAUCGUUUAUAUUCAUGAUACAUAGAAUCUUUUUCAUCUUAUAAUAACAAU